AUGUGGGCAGGAAGCGGAAGCCCGGGCCACCCUUCACUGCAGACGAGCACUGAGCUCACUUCUCGCUCGACACAGCCAGAGCUGGAAGUGGGUGCCCGGCACGGAGGGGCCUGCGGACCAAUGGCUCUGCCCUGCACCUUAGGGCUCGGGAUGCUGCUGGCCCUGCCAGGGGCCUUGGGCUCGGGUGGCAGCGCGGAGGACAGCGUGGGCUCCAGCUCUGUCACCGUUGUCCUGCUGCUGCUGCUGCUCCUACUGCUGGCCACUGGCCUGGCACUGGCCUGGCGCCGCCUCAGCCGUGACUCAGGGGGCUACUACCACCCGGCCCGCCUGGGUGCCGCGCUGUGGGGCCGCACGCGGCGCCUGCUCUGGGCCAGCCCCCCAGGUCGCUGGCUGCAGGCCCGAGCUGAGCUGGGGUCCCCAGACAAUGACCUUGAGCGACAGGAGGAUGAGCAGGACGCAGACUAUGACCACGUCGCGGAUGGUGGCCUGCAGGCUGACCCCGGGGAAGGCGAGCAGCAAUGUGGAGAGGCGUCCAGCCCAGAGCAGGUCCCCAUGCGGGCUGAGGAAGCUAGAGACAGUGACACGGAGGGCGACCUGGUCCUCGGCUCCCCAGGACCAGCGAGCGCAGGGGGCAGUGCUGAGGCCCUGCUGAGUGACCUGCACGCCUUUGCUGGCAGCGCAGCCUGGGAUGACAGCGCCAGGGCAGCUGGGGGCCAGGGCCUCCAUGUCACCGCACUGUAGAGGCCGGUCUUGGUGUCCCAUCCCUGUCACAGCCGCUCACUCCCCGUGCCUCUGCUUCCUAAGAUGCCAUGGCUGGACUGGACCCCCAGCCCACAUGACCAUGCCUCAGACUGUCACCCCCCACCAGUUCCCAAGUCCAUGUGUACCCCGCUCACCACGGGAAGGGCCCCCCCACCCACAGGCAUCAGGCAACCAUUUGAAAUAAAACUCCUUCAGCCUGU